AUGCAGACGGCUUCUACAAACAUUGGUGAAAGACUGUGCAAUAAGUCCAUCCGUGACAUUUCCUGGCUACUAAAUAUUCCACGCUCAACUGUUAGUGGGAUUAUAACAAAGUGGAAGCAACUGGGAACAAUAGCAACUCAGCCACCAAGUGGUAGGCCACGUCACAUGACAGAGCGGGGUCAGCGCAUGCUGAAGCACACAGUGCGCAGAAGUCACCAACUGUCUGCAGAGUCAAUAGCUAAAGACAUCCAAACUUGGUGUGGCCUUCAGAUUAGAACAACAACAGUGCGUAGAGAGCUUCAUGGAAUGGGUUUCCAUGGCCGAGCAGCUGCAUCCAAGCCUCGAAUGCCGUGGUGUAAAGCACGCCGCCACUGGACUCUAGAGCAGUGGAGACGUGUUCUCUGG